AGUCAGUAGAAGAAGCACCAUGAGUCAUAUGACAGCAUGAGCAGAACUGAGCAGAACUCCUCACAUCAUGGAAAGUCCCCAUUCCUUCUGGUUGUAUGGAGUCGUGCGUAAAAUACGCGCAGCUUUUUACCCAUUUUGCAAAUUAAGAUCUCGCACAGAUUAGAUUCUAAUUUAAUCCAGUAUAGUAGAAGAUACCUAUACGUAUGAGUGUGAAACUUUUGAUCGAUCAGACCGAAUUUCACAAGACCUCUAUCUGGUGAGCGAGACUUUUACUCCGAAGUGGUAAAAUGGACCCAAUUUUUGAUGGCGCGGACGAAGUCAACUGUAGCACAAGUAACAACGGCACCAACAACGGGACCGUGUACUGGAACCAAUUUGUGCAGCCAGCCUGGAGAAUAUUCCUGUGGGCCAUUGCCUACUGCAGUAUAGUCAUCGUGUCGGUUCUUGGGAAUGUGACGGUGAUUUGGAUCAUCAUGGCGCACAAACGCAUGAGAACGGUCACCAACUAUUUCCUGCUCAAUUUGGCGUUUGCCGAAGCCUCCAUGUCCGCCUUCAACACGGUCAUCAACUUCAUCUACGCCGUGCACAACGAGUGGUACUUCGGACUGAUCUACUGCCGCUUUCACAACUUCUUUCCUAUCGCGGCUGUGUUUGCCAGCAUCUGUUCCAUGACCGCCAUCGCCCUGGACAGGUACAUGGCCAUCAUCCACCCAUUGCAGCAGCGCAUGUCAUCCACAGAGACCAAGGUCGUAGUAGGAGUGAUCUGGGUCCUGGCUCUGCUCUUGGCCUUUCCGCAGUACUACUACUCCAACAUAGAGCAGUACCCCGAACGUGUGGUGUGCUACAUUGACUGGCCUGAAUACACAAUAUGUGACUUCAAAAAAAUGUAUUAUGUGUGUGUGGCCAUCCUGAUCUACUUCCUUCCUUUGUUGGUGAUGGGCUGUGCUUAUCUAGUAGUGGGACUGACCCUCUGGGCCAGUGAAAUCCCAGGAGACUCUUCUGAUCGCUACAAGGAGCAGCUGACUGCUAAACGCAAGGUGGUGAAGAUGAUGAUUGUAGUGGUGUGUACGUUUGCUAUCUGCUGGCUGCCCUAUCAUGUCUACUUCCUGCUGCACCAGUUUUUUCCCGAUAUGUUUGAGGAAACGUUUAUCCAGCAGGUCUAUUUGGCCGUCAUGUGGCUGGCCAUGAGUUCCACCAUGUACAACCCGAUCAUCUACUGCUGCCUAAACGACAGGUUCCGUGCAGGUUUCAAACAAGCUUUCCGCUGCUGCCCCUGUGUCCCUCAAAGCUCCUACGAAGGCCUGGAACUCAAGUCGACUCGCUACUUUCAAACUCAGACGAGCAUCUGCAAGGCAAGCCGAAUGGAGACCACUGUGUCUACUGUAGUCCAGGUGGGCGAUGAAAUGGAGCGCUCUAAGGCCAAAGUCACGCUUGGUCAUGGGCCUGAUGAAACAGUCAUCGGGGCAGGACCACAAAGCUGUUCGCUGGACCUUACAUCAAAUGGUUCUUCCCAGAGCGUCUCCAAAACCACAGCAUCUAAUUUCUUCUCAUAUAGCAACCUCCAAGAGCAGACGUUAGACACAAGUCACUUUUUGUCAGAUAGCCAGGAAAGAAUGUGAGUCGAGGCCUGCGAAAACCUUUUACCCUGAAUGAGAAUCUAAGAAUAUUUGUUCACUCAACACUUUCUUAUAUGAGACUUGUGCUACUUGCCAUUACCGUUUAGUGUUAAAAAGGAAUGAUGAACACAUGACUGCUGUAAACUGAAGCAGAUGUGAUGCCUCCAUUUUUUUUUCACAGCUUCUGCUUGUCACACCAGCGCCGUCAUUUUGCAUGGAAGGUUCACACGUUCUCAAUCCCACCAGUCUAUUUUGACAUUGAGUUCAAACAUGAGAACAGCACGCUGCUAAUCCACAUUGUUGUCUGUUAAGCAGCCAACUGGAUGAAUUUGGAUUCUUUUGAAAAGUGCUUUUUUUUUUUCCUUUUGAACUUGUCAAUCACAGGUGGAAGACAGGUAAUAUCUUUCCAAGCAGGAUUUUGGGAACACUCGCAUGUAAAAAAUGAGCGCUUGUCUUGUGGUCAAGGGACUUUCACCUGUUGCUGCUGAAUGUUCUGCCAAUUACUUGAUGGACAGUUAUGACUCAUGUUUUACCAGGCUAAACACUGACUUGGAACAGCUGCUUUCAUCAUCGACAGGCUCCCCUGGCUGUGAAUGUGCCUUGAGCAGAAUCGACAAACACAAAGCAAGAGUUUCUGUUUUGAAUUGUGCAUUUCAGACUACCGUAUUUUCCGCACUAUAAGGCGCACUGGAUUAUAAGGCGCACCUUCAAUGAAUGGCCCAUUUUUAAACUUUGUCCAUA